GCCAGCCUCCAUUUCCCGGCACUGGACUGCAAAUGACCAGGCCCGCGGGCCGGCGCCAGGCUCUGCGGUUGUCCGGGCCCGGGCCGCUGGCUCUCUGAGACCAUGCCGACGACGAAGAAGACGCUGCUCUUCCUCGGGGGCUUCUUCACCAGCUUGGGGUCAUUCGUGCUGAUCUGCUCUAUCCUGGGCACCGCCCAUUGGGUCAACAGCAGCGUGUACAUCAGGGACCCUGCCUCCAACAGCACCGUCUCCCUAACCUACGGACUUUUCAGCGGCGAGAGCAGUCAGCACUUUGACAAUGGGCUGCAGGAACUCACGAGACACUUUAAAGUCCUAGACCAGCUGGGCACGUCCACGGCUCGGACCCUGCACUCGCUCGUCAUCUUCUUCCUGGUGAUGGCGCUGGUCACCGCCCUGCUCAGCGCCGGCUUCUCCCUGUACAACAGCGUCAGCAACCCCUACCAGACGUUCCUGGGCGCCGUGGGGGUCUACACCUGGAGCGGCCUCAGCAUGGUCCUGGCGCUGCUGACCAUGAUCCUGUUCGUGGUGAGCACGCAGUCCGCCCGGCUCUCGGAGACGCUGGCCUGGGGGGUGCACCAGGUCCCCUCGGUGGCCACGCUCCGCUACACCGGCCACGUCUACGGCUACUCCUUCUGGCUGCUGCCGCUGGCCGGGCUGCUGGACCUGGGCACCCUGGGCUUCAUCUUCCUCUACCAGAAGGCGCGCUACCAGCGGAAGCAGGAGCAGAGGAAGCCCAUGGAGGAGGCCCCGCGGGACGGCAUUCUCUUCUGAGCUGGCCCCCCGGCCCUCGGCCCCACGACACACACCCCCUGCCCCAGGGUCCUGCGCGUGGCCGGGCGGGAGACGGGCCGAGGGGCCACUCCGCUGACGCCCACGCCUCCUCUCGGACUGAGCCGCGGCCUCCCGACCAGACACGUAUUUAUUUCCUUCUUCCGCAGUGACCCUGGCAGCCAGGCUGCCGGUCGGUCCCUUGUCCCCCCUCUCCCUCGCCCCUACCCUCCCACGACCACCCCCGCCAUGCAGCCCCCGAGCCGAGGGUCCCAGGCCCGGCUCGGCCCCUUGGGCUGUG